UGUCCCAGACGAAUGACCCAUUUAAUGCAACAAUCAGGUGAAAAGAUAUUAAUCAUGACCACGCACCUUUUAAGGUUCAGAGUAAGGAAGUUGAGGACUUAACCCAGUCUUGAACUACAGACUUUCAUCUUAAACUCAGACGGGUUUUCACACGACAACACAGCUCCAAAAGCUCUCCUACUAAAACACUUCAUCAAAGUUCUCCAUGUUAUAAAGAAGACCUAGCAUAAAUUGAACUACGUGAAUGAGACAAAAGAGAACACACCUGGUGGAACAUUAACACCUGUGACCUGCUUUCAACGAAGCAUCUUUUGUCUCAAGUCUAUACACAGGUUGUCCACAUACAAGGAGCCCACCAAAGAAACCUGGAUUAAGUACGGGGCUAUCCAGAGUCAACCCAAGCCAAGUGAUCCACAUUAACAAGGCUUAACACUGCACAGCUGUAUCAGGGACAACGCACAGUUUACCAAAUAUCUAAACAAACUCAAAUGACACAAUUAUUGGUGACAGUUAUGAUCAAGAACAGAAACCAUCUUUGAGGUAAGAGGAAAAAUGUAAAAUUAUUUUCAUUAUGUUGCAUCUCAACGGGAGUAAGUAACAUAAGUUUUUCUCCUAAAGCUUUUUUUCCCCUUGAUUAUUGAUCAAGGCAAAUCCAUUAUGAAUAUAAAUGGAUAAAAUGGAUAAAUAGUCACUUGAUAAGGCUUGUUUAAAACUUCUGAUGUCUCUUUGGAGGAAAAAAAACAUGAACAAACAACCCUGUAUAAGCCACAAGUAUUUGUGCUCUGCUACCUCAGCAACGGAAACAGGAAAAAAAGUUAGAGGAAAUUCUCAUUCACUUUAACACACUUUACCCCUUCUCGGGGGUGUAGCUUGUAUUCCAAAAAUCUCUCGCCAUCCAUAAAAAUGUCCUCUUAUUUCUUGGUGAGACAUUGGCUCCAGUUUCAUAAAAAAUAUGCUUGAAAUUAAGUUCUUGACUUUUAAUGUAAAUUUUUAAAACUAUUUUGACCUAGGCUGAAUGAGAUAUAGUCCAAUAACAUUAAAAACUGAUUUGUUUUCUAAAAAGAAAUAAAGCUUAUGCUUUAAAUCAGUAAUUACUUUAUCUUGAAUCAUUACAAUGGACUUAUCCUAAAAAAAUUUUCUUUAAAAAAAUUUAAAACACAUGAAAAAAUACAAAAAAAAAAAAAAAAAAAGGAAAAAAGUGUUUUAUAUCUGCAAAAAUUACCUAAUGGAACAGAUAUUUGUAAGAUGACAUCUGAGAAGAACUUGAAAAGAGUAGUUUUUCCCUUGGCAUGUUGAGAAUAUAUGAGUUGUAUGUCAUUCAUAUUUUUCACCAUUAUGCCAUUUUUAUAAGCUUUCUUGUCUCCAAAAUCUGAGUAAAUUAGCAGACAAGAUACUUACCCAUUUCUUAAGUCUCUAAAAGAGAUUUUUAAAAAAUCAAUGGGAUUUGUAAUACCAAACAACUGUGGUCAAAAUGAGCUUUAGCAAAGUUACAUUUUCUGUCACAGGGUCAAUGGGUAGCACUCUUUUGCAUUUGCUUCCUUUGACUCAAUAAUUUUCUCCAUGUUUGUCCUCUCCACCCCCCCUCAAAAAAAAAAAAAAAAAAAAAAAAAAAAAACUGCCAGUGUUGAACUUAUGUCUCUGACCUCAGACCUAACAACACUUAAAUGGAUUUAUCAACCACUUCAUCUCAUCAGUUAUCCAGUAGGUAGUACAAAUCACAUUAUAAAAUCUUGAUCGUCUUGAUUAGAGAAGGUCAGACAGUAGUGACAUCAAAGUUCACCUUCAAAGGUAAUAAAUACAUAUUUAUGCACUAGAGGGCGAUAUCUGGUCUGUAUACAUUAAUAUCUUAUUAGAAAGUGCCGUUGAUCUCCUACAGAUAAAAUUAUCCUGAUCUCUCAAAACUGGUUUCUGUUAGACAAAAGAUACAGCUGCAGUGAUGAUUUGUCCACAGACAUGUUCAGAGUUGUGUUGAUGCAAACGGAUUAUUUUCUGCUUUAUUUUUCUAGUAAGGCACAUUAAUUGUCCACUUUCCUGUUGGGCCAUACUAAAACGUAUUUGUAGAAUGGACAUAUCUGUCUCAGGCAAGACAGUUCUGCUGACGAACACACAAAAUAUUUUGGAAAUACUCUCAACAGACUCUUACAGCAGCAAGGAUUUUUAAAACAUGAUAUAAUGGUGAAAGAAAUAGUCCUCAGACUAACAACACUUUGACAGCCUAAAAGAAGGGAAAAAAUUCAGUGACAAGUGUCUGGACAUUGUGACUGUGGAAGUACCUGUAUAUCUUGUUUUAGCAGAUCAGUUACCUCAUCAGCAUCAUUCAGGUAAAAACUACCCCAUCCACACAAUGAAUCUCCACCACCAUAUUCCUGCCAUGGCAAUUUUGCUAUCCCUAGUAUCACAUGUGGCCGCGGACUGUCCAGUACGGCCACCUUGCACCUGUGAUGAACUCGGCACAAACUCCGACGGAACAAAAUCAUGGUCAGUUAAUUGCGUAAACAAAGGACUGACCAUGGUGCCGACCUUUGACACCACCAAGGACUCAGUUGAAGAACUAUUACUGGGAAAGAAUCAUAUCUCUAGCAUAUCCAAUGAUGCAUUUAGCACUCUAAAAGGCCUCAACUUUAUUGAUUUGAGUGAAAACAAUAUCAGCUAUAUUGGAGAGAAAGCAUUCCUCGGACAAAAAAACAGCCUGGAAUAUCUGUAUCUGGGGAAGAAUGUCCUGACGGCAAUUCCUGUCUUUGCAGAAGACAUGUCCAUAUUAAGAGAAUUGGUGCUAUCAACCAAUCAAAUGACGACCAUUCCAGCAAACGCCUUCCACAAGACUCCAGCACUGUCAAAACUGUACCUGAACAGCAAUAAAAUCUCAACCAUAGAUGGCGCCGCAUUUGAUGACAUUCAGAACAGUCUCGAUCUGCUCAAUUUGCAAAAUAAUUCCCUCACUUCCAAUGUCAUUCAAGUGCUGGCCAACCUUCCUAAACUUAGGAUCCUUUACCUUGCCUAUAACCCUUUGGGAAACAUUCCACAGGCUGGCUUUGGGCAAGCAUUCCAAUCCAUCCAAGAUCUGAACUUGGAAUUUACCCAACUGUCAGAAUUUCCCGUUGUUCUCUUGUCCCGGUUUUGGAAACUGAGGACCCUGAUGCUCAGUGGCAACCAGAUGGCCUCCUUUGAUCUGCCCACCGUUGGGAACCUAACUUCUACCUUACAAAAUCUCUACCUUCACAAUAUGGGGCUCACAAAAAUCCCCAAAGGGAUUGCCCAGAUGAAAAACCUGCAUCGCCUGGAAUUGAGCAGAAACUCUAUUGCUACAUUAGACACAUGUGCCUUUCACAACAAUACAAACCUCAGGACGGUUUCACUGUCUGGGAACCCAUUGGAAUGUACCUGCAAUGCUGCAGGGUUGCGUUUUUUACAAAACAUCUUGAGGAAGGACUUCAAAGGACUCGAUCAGCCGUGCCCCUCUGAAUCACUCAAGGAGUACACUGUCACAACAUUCCCCAUUGACCACUGUGAUACUAGAGAUCUCUGUAAUUCUAAGCUGCUUUCAAGUACAACCUCAAUGCCAACGCAGUCACCAUCUGCAUCGCCAGUCGCUAGUGGCACAGCAACGAUGUCUACAGUAGAGGUAACGACUAGAUUGACACCAGCAAUGGCGGUUGUCACGGUAAUGGUAGUGGUAUCCCUGAGGUGAUGGUGUUAUUCCCAGCUACUCCUCUAGUUUACUGACUUUCAGUUAUGGAUGCAACCAACGAACACCAAGCUUCCACUGAUGAUGGAAAACCAUCAUCUGCUCUCCUGAGUUCAGACAGUGUCAAAACAGU